AUGGUGGUCGGUUUCCCCUCCUUGAGUCUCUCAUGCUUCGGCCUGGGGGCUUUUGCCGUGAUCCUGAUCAUAGGUUUCCUCAAGCUCCUCUGCCUGUUGCUCAGGAGGCAGAAGCUGGCCAGGGCUAUGGACAACUUCCCAGGACCCCCCACUCAUUGGUUCUUUGGACAUGUGCUUGAGAUCCAGAAGACGGGGAGCUUGGAAAAGGUGGUGUCUUGGGCUCAUGAGUUCCCCUACGCCCACCCACUCUGGUUCGGACAGUUCAUUGGCUUCCUAAACAUCUAUGAUCCCGACUAUGCCAAAGCUGUGUACAGCCGUGGGGACCCUAAGGCCCCAGAUGUCUAUGACUUCUUCCUCCCGUGGAUUGGGAGAGGCCUACUGGUUCUGGAUGGACCCAAGUGGUUCCAGCACCGCAAGCUGCUAACACCUGGCUUCCACUAUGAUGUACUGAAGCCCUAUGUGGCUGUGAUUGCUGAAUCCACCCACGCUAUGUUGGACAAGUGGGAGAAAAAGGCUCGUGAGAACAAGAGCUGUGACAUCUUCUGUGAUGUGGGCCACAUGGCGCUGGACUCGCUCAUGAAGUGCACCUUUGGCAAAGGAGACAGCGGCCUGGGUCACAGGGACAGCAACUACUACCUGGCAGUCGGUGACCUUACCAUGCUGAUGCAGAAGCGCAUUGAGCAGUUCCAGUACCAUAAUGAUUUCAUCUACUACUGGCUCACCUCACAUGGCCGCCGUUUCCUGAGGGCCUGCCAGAUAGCCCACAACCACACAGACCAGGUCAUCAGGAAGCGGAAGGAAGCCCUGCAGGACAAAAAGGAGCAGGAAAAGCUCCAGCAGCGGAAGCACCUGGACUUCCUAGACAUUCUCCUGGGAGCUCGGGAUGAAAGUGGGAUCCAGCUGUCAGAUGCAGACCUCAGGGCUGAAGUGGACACAUUCAUGUUUGAAGGCCAUGACACCACCACCAGUGGUAUAUCCUGGUUUCUCUACUGCAUGGCCAGGUACCCCGAGCACCAGCAGCGCUGUAGGGAAGAAAUUCGUGGGAUCCUAGGGGAUCGUGACUCAGUCCAGUGGGAUGAUCUGGGCAAGAUGACCUACCUUACCAUGUGCAUAAAGGAGUGCUUGCGCCUCUACCCACCUGUACCUCAGGUCUACCGCCAGCUCAACAAGCCUGUCACCUUUGUGGAUGGCCGUUCUCUACCUGCAGGCAGCCUGAUCUCUCUCCACAUCUAUGCUCUCCAUAGGAACAGCACUGUGUGGCCUGACCCUGAGGUCUUUGACCCCUUGCGCUUUUCUCCUGAGAAUGUGACUGGACGUCAUCCCUUUGCUUACAUGCCUUUCUCUGCUGGGCCCAGGAACUGCAUUGGGCAGCAGUUUGCCAUGAAUGAGAUGAAGGUGACCUCGGCCCUCUGUCUGCUGCGCUUUGAGUUCUCUCUGGACCCCUCACAGCUACCCAUCCCAGUGGUUCAGCUGAUUCUGCGUUCCAAAAACAGCAUCCACCUUCACCUGAAGUCACUGGGCACUGAGUCUGGGAAGUAGCUUUCUAGAGGACAAGGCUGGACAGCACAGGCUGAGGCCUUUCCUGGGGACCUCACCUGCUGGGCUGAAUGUGGAGUAGUUGUGGCUCCCUGCUUUUUGGAGCCUUGUAGUUGGGAAGAGAAGUAGGUUCUGGCAAUCUUCUUGCUAACAGUGCCUUGUUAACAUAUGCAUCUAAUGAUUUCAUGCAUGGAUUCAAGAGCUCAUUCAUUCACUCCACAAAUAUUUGGUGAGCAUCUAUUUGUCUUGAGAAAGUUUGAUGAUCUCUCAUCUUUCUAAAAUGUAGCAGAAACAUACAUCCCAGCCUUAGAAAAUCUUAAUGAAGACAAUGGAAGGUUUGCUUUUGGGAUUUAUAAUUUUGUUGCUGUUUUUUUCGAGGUAGGGUCUCACUCUAGCUCAGGCUGACAUGGAAUUCACUAUGUAAUCUCAGGGUGGCCUUGAACUCAUGGCGAUCCUCCUACCUCUGCCUCCUGAGUGCUGGGAUCAAAGGAGUGUGCCACCACACCCGGCUUCUGGGAUUCAUAAUUUUGACUAGGUUGUAUGUGAAAGAGAGAUGGCUCAGGUAGGGGGGUUGCUCCUUCAUGGGGUGUAUUUCUAUGUUUAACUUUCUCUGUGUGUACUUGAAGUAUAAUAAGCAUAAAAUCAUUUAAAUCAAAU